CAUACAUAUAAUAAAGAAACCCGCCAUGAUCAUGGUCAUCGCCAUCGCCAGGGACGUGUGUGGAGAGAGGCAGAAGCUGAUAGACACAGACCUCUCAACUCGACGAACAGCUCUGCCUCUGACACAUUAAGCGGCCGCCGCUAACACAUUCGUCCAACUUAGCUCGCCGUGCCGGUUUGAUUGGCCACCGGAGACAUGCGCAGGAGCCGGGCUGGAAGCUUGGGCUCCGCAAUCGUGGAUGUCUCUCGGCGGGAGGUCGGGGAGCUCCGGCCAAGGAGCUUCGCUCUCCGCCUCGCAGGUUCCGAGGAUCUUGUUUUACGAUUUCAGAUCUCCACAAGGCUCCAACAGCAUUUGGGCUGUGUGAAUACUGUUAACUUUAAUUCUGAUGGGGACAUCCUGUUGUCUGGCUCUGAUGAUAGACAUGCCACGCUCUGGGAUUGGCAAGCUGGGAAAGUCAACUUCUCCUUCCAUACGGGACAUCUCAAUAAUGUUUUUCAAGCGAAAUUCAUGCCAUACACAAAUGACCGUACAAUUGUUACUUCUGCUGCUGAUGGGCAGGUCAGACAUGCUCUAAUUACGGAAGGAGGAGCGGUUCAGACAACAUUGCUAGCAAGACAUUGUGGACGUGUCCAUAAGUUGGCUAUUGAGCCUGGAAGCCCUCAUAUAUUCUAUACUUGCGGUGAAGAUGGUUUGGUUCAGCACUUAGAUCUCAGAAUCAAAGGUGCUAGAGGGCUCUUCACUUGUAGACGUGGGGGUGGGACGAGGGAAGGGCUCAUUAUUCACUUAAAUGCAGUUGCAAUUGAUCCCAGGAACCCAAAUCUCUUUGCAGUUGCUGGGUCAGAUGAGUAUGCUCGACUAUAUGACGUGCGCAAAUAUAAAUGGGAUGGGUCAUCUGAUCUUAGUCAACCCAUUGACCACUUCUGCCCCCCACAUUUGAUUAAUUCUGCACAGAUCGGAAUUACAGGCUUAGCCUUCUCAAAUCGGAGUGAACUUCUAGUCUCUUAUUAUAACGAAUGCAUCUAUCUCUUUGACCGUAAUAUGGGUCUGGGCUCAGAUCUUCUUUCAGACAAUUCCAAAUCUGAUGCAAGUGAAAAGAGUAAAUCUCCAGGGGCAAUGGAUUCUGAUGGAACUGAUGAUAUCCCCCAAGUAUACAUGGGCCACAGCAACUAUGAGACGGUGAAGGGUGUAGGCUUCUUUGGGCCAAAAUGCGAGUAUGUGGUGAGCGGGUCCGACUGCGGUCGAGCAUUCAUUUGGAACAGGGGUGGGAAGCUUGUUCGAGUUAUGGAAGCCGACAUGCAUGUAGUUAACUGCAUCGAGCCUCAUCCUCAUACAGCUGUUCUUGCUAGUAGUGGAAUAGAACAUGAUAUCAAAGUGUGGACUCCGGAUGCCUCUGAGAGGGCUAGUUUACCACCUGACAUUACAGAGAUCCAACCUGUUGACAUGUGGUUUGGCUUAAGCUACGAGGAUGAUGAGGAGGAGGACUAUUCCGGUGAGGAGUCUAUUGGCGAUGAUGACGAUGAGGAGGAAGAAGACAAUGAUGAUGAUGAUGAUAGUGGUACUGAUUUUUCCUUAGACGACGGGGAUGAUGACGAUGAUGCUAAUGGUGAUGAUGAUCUCAAUCUGGAUGAGUUCGAUUAGAAUGACAUUGUGGUGAGACUGGCAGCGAAGGAUACACUCCAGCAGGAAGAAGAAAAGUUCAGCUGACUUGGCUUCAUAUUGAAUUAUCUUGGAGGUCGCAUUGUUUUUCUUUCUCCUUCAUUGAUUCCAAAAGCAGAUAGUUCUUGGAUGAUGUAGACGGAGCUAUUGCCGUCCCGUGUCUGAGGACUCGAAAGAACUCAUUUCAACGGUGCAUUGGUCUAGCCAGGAUAUUGAAGUGUGCAGAUGGAGAUUAUAAAUGUACAGUACAUAACGAGGUUUACGGUAGCCAAAGAAAAGGAAAAGAACUUUCACCGAAA